AUGCCACGAACUUUGAUCUGUCUAUGGGGACUCUUAGCCGUUGCUCAGGCUUUCCCCGCUUCUUACCAAUCCGCCAUCGUCAAGCGCGACGGCAAGGACCUACUGCCCGAGUAUGACUUCAUCGUUGUCGGUGGAGGAACGGCCGGCUUGACCGUGGCUGACCGCCUCUCAGAGGACCCCACGAAAACCGUGCUGGUAAUCGAAUAUGGACGUAUUGCCGUGGAUGACUCCUUCAUGCCGCCGUUCAACACCCCCGCCGCUGAGUUUCUCUACAACCUGACCAGCGUGCCACAACCAAGCGCCAACAACCGCGUCUUCCCCGUUCCCAAUGGCGCUGUGGUCGGUGGCGGUUCUGCUGUCAAUGGUCAAAUUUUCUUCCGUGGGAGCAAAGAAGAUCACGACAACUGGUCUCUGCUGGGUAACCCAGGAUGGGACUGGGAAAGCGUCUUCCCAUACUACAAGAAGAGUCACUCUUUCAAUCCCCCUCCUCAAGAUAUCCAGGAUGAAUAUGGCAUGACAUUUGACCUAUUGGCCUAUGGCAACACAACACCCAUCUACAUGAGCAUGCCGGGAUACCAGUACCCGGGACAGAAAUACGAAUGGAAGGCGUGGUCUGAGCGCGAUGGCAUCGUGGUGCAGAGGGAGCACGGUAAUGGUAACGCCUACGGCUUGAUCUGGAUUCCCUCUUCAUACGACCCCAGCAGGGCCUACAACCGCAGCUUCAGUGGUCUCGGGCAUUACCAAUACGUCCAGCCUCGUCAGAACUACCACCUGCUGCCUCUCCACCGUGGUCUCAAGGUCAACUUUGAAAAGCAGGAUCUGACCCAGAAGGCUGUCAGCGUUCAAGUCAAGCCUCGUUUCGGCGACGAUGCCACCUUCGACGUCAAGGCCAAGAGGGAGAUUAUUCUCUCUGCCUCAGCGACCCGCACGCCGAUCAUCCUCCAGCUCUCUGGUAUUGGCCCAAAGAAGGUCGUAGAGGAGGCCGGUAUCAAGUCUCUGAUCGAUCUUCCUGGUGUCGGAUGGAACUUGCAGGACCACUCCCACACUUUCAGUUUGUACAACUUCACUAAGGAUGUGUGGCCGACGCCGACGACCAUCCAUACCAACGCGACUUUCCGCGCCGAAGCACUCGCCGAGUACAAGGCUUACAACACUGGACCUUUUACCUCGCCAACCAUUUCUAGUGGCCUUUUGCUCCCUGCCCGCAGCUUCACUGGCAGCCACUUUGCCAAUCUCAGCCUUCAACUCGGGCUCCAGGCCGCACACAAAUACCAUUUGCCAGAUGGUCUUGACCCUACCCUGAUUGCCGGUUACAUUCUCCAGCAUAAGGUUCUCCUAAAGUCUUUCCUCUCGGACAAGUCCGCCAUCUUCGAGCAUCCUUUCCAGGGCUCUCCUCGUGGAACCUCCAUCCUCCUCAAGCCCGUCUCCCGUGGUUCCGUCACCAUUAACCCCCAGGACCCUUUUGGGGACCCAGUCUUUGACUACCGCCUGUUGUCCAACCCUAUCGACCUCGAGAUCCACGUUCGCAUGCAGCAGUACAUUCGUCACCACUUCGCCACGUCCGAGACUCUUUCCGCCCUCGGCCCUGUCGAGCUCGUCCCGGGCAAGGACCGCGCGUCUGACGCCGAGGUGAAGAAGUGGCUGGUGGAUGAGGAGAACCUGAACGCUUCCAACGGGCACAGCUGCGGUACCGCCUCAAUGAUGCCCCGUCACCUCGGUGGUGUUGUCGACUCCAACCUUAAGGUCUACGGCACCAGUCACCUCAGCAUCGCUGACACCAGCAUCAUUCCCCUGCUGGUUGGGGCUCACACUCAAAGCACUGCGUACAUGAUUGGCGAGAAGGCUGCUGAUCUCAUCAAGUCCAGACACGGAUAG